UCAUGAACUGUGUCUCUAACAUCGUCAUGGUGUCGUGGAUCAGUUCAGCUGGGGCAGAGUUCUACACCGCCACGGUAACGCCGGAAGAUGACCAGUCAAUUGACUGCUGGUCGGACAACACGCAGUGCGGCAUGCCGAACCUGGUCUGUGGUCAGAACUACACAGUCACCGUCAUCGCCUCCAACCAGGAUUGCAACUCUGACCCCAGCGAGGCCGGCAUCCUGCAGUCAGUGCCUUGUAUUCCUGCUGACGUGGAUGUGGCGAUGGACUGCUCCAAUAAUGAAGCUGUGGUGUCGUGGAGUGCCAGCCAGGGGGCUCUGUCUUACACGGUGGCGGCUCACAGCAAACAGGGACACUUGUCCUCCUGCGAGACGGCAGGUCUUACGUGCACUCUGACCAACCUGACGUGUGGACAGACCUACUUGGUCCAGAUAUCGGCGCAAGAUGAUAUCUGCUCGAGUUUGCCCAGCCCAGUUACAGAGGUCAAAUCAGCUCCCUGCACACCCAGCAUUGGCUCAGUGAUUCUGGACUGCUCCACCAACUCGGCCCUCCUGGACUGGGCCUUCGCACAGGGUGCCGUGGUGUACAACGCAACAGCCCGGUCCUCCAGCGGCCAUAUUUCCACCUGCAACACCAACUACACCAACUGCGAGCUGCAGAACCUGCAGUGCGGUCAGACCUAUAAUGUGAUUGUCGUUGCCUCCAACGAGAACUGCAGCAGCCCCCCAAGCUCCAGGUUACAGGUGGAAUCAGUGCCUUGUCCUCCUGAAGGAGUUGUGGCUGCACUGGACUGCUCCACCAACACAGCCCGGGUUGACUGGCAGUCCAGCAUGGGGGCCGAUUCCUACAUCGUCCAAGCCUUCUCCAUGCAAGGACACGAGUCCGGCUGCGAGACGCCCACACAGUCCUGCAUCCUCCCAGACCUGUUGUGUGGCUGCACCUACAACAUCACUGUGAUUGCUGAUAACAGCGUUUGCAACGUGUCAAGUGGCAUCACACAGAUGAAAGCAGUGCCCUGUGUACCACAGCAGGUGGAGGCCCGGGUGGUUUGUGAGUCCGGUGGCGUGGCCGUCUCUUGGGAGCCAAGCAAAGGGGCGUCGUCAUACACCACAGUCGCCCAGGGCAACGGUGGCUAUGAAUCAACUUGCAACAGCAGCGUGACAACGUGUCUGUUCAGCGACCUGCUGUGUGGCCUCAACUACUCCAUCAGUGUUAGUGCUUCGGACGAGACCUGCUCAAGUGCUAGAAGCUCUGAUGUGGAGAUCAACACAUUGCCGUGCGUACCACAGGGAGUAACAGCGGAGAUGGUCUGCAGUAAUGACACAGGCGUGGUGUCGUGGGAAGAAGAAGAGGGCGUGUCCUCCUACAGGGUGCAAGCCUUUGGGCCCGACGGUCACAGGACUGAGUGCAACAGCACGGAAACCAGUUGUCAGCUCCCCGGCCUGCAUUGUGGUCAGCUCUACAACCUGACACUGAUGGCUCAGGACGGAGAGUGUGACAACAGUGUCGCUCACCUCGACCUGCAGUCAGUGCCUUGCACACCCACUAAUGUCAAGGCCUCUCUGCUGUGCCAUUCAAACUCUGCUGCGGUGACAUGGGAGCGAGCCAGUGGGGCAGUGUCCUAUCUGGCAGUGGCCGUCACCGCAGACGGAAGUCACCAGACCCAGUGUAACAACACCAUGACUCACUGUGAUCUGGACGACCUGCAGUGUGGGCAGACCUACAACGUGAGCGUGUUCGCCCAGGACGAGUCUUGUUCAAGCGUGGAGAGCAACAGGUCUUACGUGCAGACAGCCUCUUGUGCACCACAGAACGUGACCGUUAAUGCACAAUGUGCUGAAGGAGCCAUAACCGUCUCUUGGUCUCCCAACCCCGAUGCCCAGUACUUCCAUGUGGCGGCAGUGAGCAACACUGGGGCGAGACUCUACUGUAACUCAAGCAGCACGACUUGCACCAUGAACAAUCUACCGUGUGGACAACACUACAACGUUACCGUGCUGUCUGUAAGAGACGACUGUGAGAGCCAGCCGAGCGCUGUGGUCGAGACUUCCUCAGCUCCAUGUAUGCCCAGCAACCCUAAGAGCCACCUGGACUGCGUAUCAAACUCAGCCUGGGUGACUUGGGAUGACGCAGACGGAGCCCUCAGCUAUUUUGUGUACGCUGAAGAGAUGAACGGACACAACUCCACCUGCACGACCACCUCCUCUCCCUGCGAGGUGCCAGAUCUGAAAUGUGGGACGCGCUACACCCUCCACCUCAAAGCCACGAACGAGCACUGCCACAGCAAUCACAGCGCCACCUUUGAGCUAGUGACAGGUCCUUGUUCUCUGACGUCCAUCAGUAUAGCGACAGAAUGCAACAACGACACCAUCCUGGUUGAUUGGGAGAACACAGUGAACACAACCCUGUACGUGGUGACCGCUGAGGGUCACGACCAAUCCCUCAUUUCCUGUAACAGCUCCUCUGAUUCUUGUGAACUGGAGGAUGUCCGCUGUGGGAUGCACUACAGCAUCAUAGUAUCAGCUUCGUCUAACAGGUGCAGCAACCUCAGGAGUUCUCCAAAGAAGAUUCAAACAGCACCCUGUGUACCAGACAACGUGACAGUGGUUCAGUCAUGUGAGGAGAGUGGGGUGACAGUGACGUGGGGACACUCCCCUGUGGCCACAUCCUACCAGCUAACAGCCACAGGAAGUGACGGAGACAUGGUCAACUGCAGCACCUUAGUGAACAACUGCACCCUGGCUGAUCUGCACUGUGGUCAGUUGUACAACUUGAGCAUCACAGCCAGCGGAGACAACUGCACCAGCCUGCCCAGCACCUCGUCCUUCAGAUCAGUUCCCUGUCAGCCCUCUGGUCUCACGGUGGACAUCGAUUGUGAGACCAACUCUGCUGUCCUGUCCUGGGACGCCUCUGAGGGCGCCGUGAAUUACUAUGGCUGUGCCCAACCCCAGGAUGGAGACGCACUCUACUGCGACAGCCCGGCUCUUUCCUGCACCUUCGACGGCCUGGAAUGUGGAGAAAUUUACAAUUUCUCAGUUGAAGCCUCUGACGGCUUCUGCAACAGCUCGUUUAGUUCACCUCUCACGGAGGGAGCAGUUCCGUGUCCUCCGACUGCUCUGAAUGUCCGGAUGCAGAAGAUCGGCCAAUAUCACUGGGCCUUCACGUCCUGGGACAGCGUCAACUGCUCUGAUGUCAAGUAUCUGGCGGAGAUCUCUGGUCGAAUCAAAGACGACCCACAUGCUCUGAUGGAGGUCUCUUCUUACUGGCUCCCCAGGAGAUACUUUGAGUUCCCGAUGCCUUGCAGCACAGCUUAUAACCUGACUGUGCGCGCCGGAAACUCAGCUGGGGUCAGCGCACCUUCCGCUGCCUUCGCUGGAGUCACAGUCCCCUGUCCUCCACAGAAUGUGAAAUACAGCGGCAACGCCCAGUCUGCUGUUCUGUCCUGGGACGCGUCACUGUUUGCCUCCACGUACACUGUCUACGAUACAUCGGAAGGAGGCCACGUCGAGCUUUGCAGCACCCCGACGCUCUCCUGCCCGCUGACAGACUUCAAUUCCAGCGCCACGGAAGUGACGGCGAGCAACGCUUGGGGAGAGAGCAACCCCAACGCAGUCAUCACAGGUCCAGUUGGAUCUCGCAGGAGAAGACAUGUGCGGGAAACUUACAACAAUGAUCUUGAAUCUCCGAAGGUGCUGAAUGUAUCAGUAAGUGGACUUUCUGUUUAUGUGAAGUGGACGACGGUGAAGAGUGCAACCAGCUACACACUCAAAAUUCAGGACCAGAGUGAGAUGUCAGUGGAAGUGAGAACCGUGGAAGGUGAUUUUUACGUAGAGACUGAUCUCAAGCCCCGCACCACCUACUGCUUCCAGGUUGCGGCCAAAAAAGAUUCCACCCAAACCCCCUACUCCACCCGACGCUGCAGAACCACCGGUGCCUCCGAAUGAAACGGCACGGAUCCAUCUACAUAUACACUGGACUCAGCAGAAACACCACAACACUGCUGACACUGCAUGUUUGUCUUCUCUGUUCUGUAGCGUCCAUUACAGAUGUGUUACCAGUUCAAUCUCUGAGAACUUUAAGUGGAAAAGUGUAAAAAAUAAAGUAAUUACAUCUGCAAAACAGAAUUCUUCUCUCUGGGGUACGUCUUACAUGUCUCAAAUACAUUAUGAUCAAACCUGAUGAAAGAGCACCUUUUAGAUUUGAAUGCUUACGAAUCUUUGUUAGCAAUAGCUUGUAUACAUUCUCAUAAUUGUGGCUGGUAUCAUAGCAACAUGUUGGCUCCAUAGCUGUCUAACAACGUAUUGCAGAAAUUAUAUAUUUAUCAAAAAUGGUUUUAUUAUUAGAUUCUCUGGAUGAUUGUGCAACUAACAGAAGGUAGUGUCAACAAAUAAACAGAUAAUUUAUCCAGCAAUGUUUUUAAAACCAUGCAGUAUAUUUUCUUUCACGAUGUCAAUAUCAUUAAAA